GAUUCCACAAAGUUGACAUUAUAUUUUCUAGGGCAAGGAAACACAAAUAUGGCGUUUCCACGCCCAUUUCCCGCACUGAUGCUGCUGUUUGUUACAGUCGUGGGCACACUCGGAGUCUCUGUAGCGCAGAGGCCGCCGAAUAUUCUCUUCAUUUUAGCGGACGACUUAGGUUGGAAUGAUGUUGGAUACCACAACCCAACGAUGAAGACGCCGAACAUCGAUAGACUGGCCGAAGAAGGCGUGAAACUCAACAGUUACUACAUGCCGUCAAUAUGCACCCCGUCGCGGAGUGUCUUUUUGACAGGACGAUACGAGAUUCGAUACGGUCUUCAACAUGGUGUUCUUGGACACUACCAACGUCGUUGUUUGUCCCUAGAAGAAGUCACCGUGGCAGAAAAACUCCGGGAACGAGGCUAUGCCACUCAUCUUGUCGGGAAAUGGCAUCUCGGCUUUUAUAAAGAUGGCUGCCUUCCUCGACAACGAGGCUUUGAUUCCUUCUUCGGAUUUUAUCUUGGCGCGGAAGAUUAUUUCAACCAUGACUCAACCAUGCAGGGUCACCAUGGCUACGACUUUCGACGAAAUGAAGAUGACGUGUCACGCCAAGUAUCUAGGACAAUACUCGACCAAUUUAUUUGCAGACGAAGCCAGAAACAUUAUUAGAAAUCAUAACCCUGCACAGCCUCUAUUUCUGACACUGUCCUUCCAAGCCGUUCACAUGCCGCUGCAAGUUCCUAAGCAGUACUCGGAUAUUUAUAACGGUGUAUUCGGGAAAAACGAAGACUGGAAAAUCUACGCCGGCAUGCUGACAUCGAUGGACGAGGCCGUUGGCAACGUUACCCGAGCUUUGCGAGAAUCGCCGAUGUGGGACAAUUCAAUCAUAAUAUUUUCAACUGACAACGGUGCCGAUGCUAAAUUCAUCGGUAGCAACUGGCCGCUUAGGGGCGCCAAAGCAACUUUGUUUGAGGGUGGUGUUCGAGGCGUGGGUUUUGUCAACAGUCCGUUACUACACCCAGAAGUACGGGGAGGUAUGACUAAUGGACUUAUUCACAUGAGUGAUUGGUUUCCGACGUUCAUGCAUCUAGCGGGAGGUCUGCCAACUCUAGAUAAGCCACUGGACGGGUUUAACCAAUGGGAUACUAUCAGUCGAGGCAUGGCUUCACCAAGACACGAGAUUUUACACACAAUCGACUCACAAGCCUUGAGACCGGUAGAUCGCGGCAGAGAAAAAUGGUCCACGAAUCCCUACUUCGAUGUAUUCACAUUGGCGGCAAUACGCGUUGGUGACUGGAAACUGUUGACUGGGCCGGCAGGCAACGACAGCUGGAUACCCUCACCAGAGAGCGGAUAUGAGGUCAUAAACCUGAAAAAGUUAUACGGCAAAGUAGUACGAUUAUACAACAUACCGAAUGAUCCGUAUGAACACGACGAUCGCGCUGACGAGUAUCCGGAAGUAGUGGAGGCUUUGCUGAAACGACUGGGCGAAUUUAGUCAGCAGACGGUCAAGCCGAAUUAUCCCGGUGUGAUUGACGUCAUCUACGGUAACCCGGAUCUACAUAACGGUGUAUGGGCACCGUGGGGUUAAAGGUCACCUUCCAGUAUUAAAGAAAAUGCGAAUCAUUGUUUUCGAGGGGAGGAUUUGACCGAUGUACUGACUCAUUACUUCGAGUCAUCGUGUCUUCUAUUACGCUUUAUCUUCACUAUCAUGUUUGCGGUUGUUGGAUGAAUACAAUUGUGUACUGUUUAUUAACUACUCACUGCUAAUUUACUUUGUAAAAAUCGUGUAAAUUUGUAGCUCAUGGUAUGUGUGUUGUACCUAGGGAUUAAACUCUGGUGCACUGAACACAUACCACAUUACGUUCAUACAGUUAGUUUUGUUGAGCCAGGGGAUUGGUGUGUUAUUAAAAAAAAUGAUACACAGAAACAGGAGUCUCUAUCAAAGAAAAAAUGUACGAGAGGAUAGUUCCCUCAGCAAAAACAGCUGUUCAGAAAUUUAAAAAAAAUCUAGUACAGAAAUGUUACAUUGCACUAUUACUUACUUCUAGUAUCAUUUGACUGAAAUCUGUUGCAUUUACAAAUAUCUAACAUAUUUAUUUUUAUUGGGUUACCCAGCCUGAUAUACAACUACAAGAUUUUCUUUUAAUUUUCUUCAACACAAUGUGAAACAUUAUAUUAGUAUGAAUUCUCUUGUACAUAUUUGUAAAUAACUCAAAUAAAUGGUGAAUAGUUAGA